AAUAAAUAAAUAGGAGGCCACCUGAAUCCCCAAACGCGGGUCUACGCCUCCGGCGUCUGUCGAAAACAGUCACCAAAACUCAAAUCCAAAAUCAAACAAAAUCCACAUCAACUUCUACUUCCUACAUUUUCCCUCUAUAUUAUUGAAAAUGGCUGGCAAUGGUGAAGAAGAUCCGUUCAAGAAGGGAGCGCAAGUGGAAGUGAGCUUGGAGGACGACGGUUUCCGGGGCUCCUGGUAUACAGCGAACAUCAUCCGCUCCAUUUCCAAGAAGACCCAAAAAAUUUACCUCGAGUUCCAUACUCUCACCUCCGGCGAUAACUCCACCAAGCCGCUAAGGGAGGCGGUGGACCCCAUUCUGGUCCGUCCGAUCCCGCCACGCGAGGCUCGGCGGCGGUUUGAUGUCAGCGAGGAUGUUGACGCCUUCCACAAUGACGGCUGGUGGGAGGGCAUUGUCAUUGCUGUUCUUGACGGUGGCCGCUAUUCUGUCUUCUUCCGAAGUUCCCGCGAGCAGAUUGAGUUCGACGAGUCCCAACUCCGCCUUCAUCGUGAAUGGGUCUAUGGCAAGUGGGUUCCGCCGUUGGAAGAUGUAAUUGACGAUUCACAACAAGAAGAACACAAGAAGUGAAAUAUAGCCUCAGGUAUUCUUCUUACAUAAAGCACCAGGGAUACACGAGUCUUUCUGUUGUUCGCUCCAUCCAGCUUGGCUUUGGGAUUCAUCUUGAUUCUGUGAGGACUAGUUUCUCGGUGAGGUAUUGAUAUGUUGUUGAAUGCCCGUCACUUCAUAAGCAAUGCAAAGAAUUAACAUAGAUUUUUAUGCUUUAUUUUACGAGUUUUUUAGGUUCCUGCUAAGAAUUUUCAUCUUUUAUGCGAUAGAUCAAUGUGAUUAUUACUGGACAACUCGUGAUCAAGAAUGUUUGUAAUCCUGAAUUCUGAUGAAACCAGUUACGUCGUCAUAUGAUAUUAUGCACUCUCCCAUUCUCUACCGUGUUUAUAUAUUA